AUGUCUGGACGCAUUUCAUCCGAUCACUCUCGCUCGGCCUCACGAUCAUCCCAAACCCCUCGUACAUCCCAGGGACAGGCUUUUGAGCCGAUGCCUCGCCAGUCCUUCGGUCGCAACUCACGCGUCUCCAACCCCAAUGUCUUCUCCGACGAAUACUCAUUAGAACCGCUCGAUACCGGCAACCAGAUUGAACGAGCUCCCUCCCCCGCCUCCGUCUGUUCCUCCACCACCCUUCGCUCUGUUCACCACCCUCAAAAGACCGUCAGCCAGGCUACGACCGAAAAUGAGAAUCCAUUUGGCGAUGACGCUCGAGUCUCCUUUGAGGAACCUCGUCGAUCGAGUCUUCCUCAGAAGGGAAUGGGCGGCUUCUCCACGAAUCGUGGCUCGGUCGCUUCGGUCAACAACAGUCCCUUCGCCGUCCAGCGAAACCAGAGCGUUUCUUCCCGUUUCUCGAUUCCGCGCGCCAUGAGCCCCUACACCGGAGCGACCGGACCAAGCCAUCCCUACGCCAUGUAUCCCCAGGUUGGAGUAAGUCGCUCGCCCAGCGUGGGAAGCACCUCGACUAUUCGCCAGCAUGAUCGCCCGUUAGGGGAAUCGAGCGGACCUCAACAUCCGUACGCCAUGUACCCGCAGAACGUCGUCGAAGAAGGGAUGGAUGACGACGUGAUCCCUGUUGGAUUCCCUGGUCACAAUCCACCUUACCAACCGCCUCCGGGCCGUCGGGAUAACGACGUGGGUGAUAUCAUUGGAGCAGAUGGCCACGCCGAGCCAUUACCACCAUAUUCACGAUACCCAGCAGGCGUGGUUCCGAAGCCUCCCGGCGUAGAGACCAUGGCCGAUAUGAAUGCCCCUUCAGAGAAUCAACAACUGCAUUCAGUCUCAAGAGACCAAGCACAACCAAUCUCGGUAACGUCAACGAGGGCUCUGGUCCCCCUGUCUUCUGGAGGUACUACGGCUGUGAACUAUGAUGGUGAUGAUGACAUUAGGGAGCGCAGGGCUCCCCUUACGGGCAUCAUGGCGUUCGAGGAGAAGCUUAAAAAGAAAGGCAAAAAGACUGCAUGUUGUGGUAUGCCCGUCUGGACUAUUAUUCUCGUCGCAACCGUGAUGCUGAUCGGCGGAUCCAUCGGAGGCGCUAUUGGUGGUGUGAUCGGCGGCAAGAGAGCAGCUGAGCAUGAUCGACAAGCGGCAGCUCAGUCAAGCGGCCCACAAAUCGUGACUGUGACUGCAACACCGCAGAUGGAUUAUUCGACCAUGACAAGUACUCCGACGAAUCUCAAGUCGGUUCCAACGGGCCACUAUCUUGUCCCUGCUCAGCUGCAAAACUCGUCGCGGAUGUGUGUUGAGGAUAGUCAAUUCAGACAUGCUUGGGGCUGCAUGGACAAUCCGACCAAUUUCGACAUCGUUAUUGGUGAGGAUCGUGGCCACCAUUCCAUCAUCUUCAGUAGCGCUGGCCCUACUUCGACAUUCACGUAUGGCGCUCAGCCCCCAAUUCUCCCCACCCCUACCCAAUCUCUGGGCUUCGCGAUCGAUACCAGCGAUACUGGGCUGGGCCCGGCUCUCUUUUUCUUUGCCAAAUUUGACAAGCUGGUCAUCGUUCCCGAAUCGCAGUUCGAGUCGUCGAGCUCUGUUUCAGCACGCUCAUUCACCGGAGAUGAUUCGUUAUUAGACAAGCUUCAUCGCAUGCAAACGGCCCAACCCGGUGACAAGCCUUGGUUCUGCUAUUGGAACCAAACGAUGAUGGAGUUUUUCAUUUAUGUCAACCAGACAACGGCGGAAGCUUCCGGCUCCACCGCUGCUACUGAUACUAAUAUGGCAGCCAGCACAGCCAGUGCUCAAUCCAACAAGCGCGGAGACACAGUUCUUGACUAUUCACGGAAGAUCAAGAUCGAAGAGCGCCGCGACUUCGCCGGAGCUCAGCCACCCUACUGCCAGCAGAUGCAAGUAGGGUCUGAUGGCCAUCUCAUUGGACCUAUUCAAAGCCAAGUCAUCAACAUCAAGGAGCUGGAGCCCACCCCAACAACCACCUACAUCAACACAAGUGGUGGCUCCCAGCAGACGUAUACGGCAAAAGCACAGUUUGCAACACCGUGUUAUUGUCUCUCUACGACUGAUUAG